AAAUCAGCGGGCGUGGGGAGGGGUGGCGGGGGAUAGCGGCAGCAGCAGCAGCCCCAGCCCUCAGAGAGACAGCAGGAAGGGAGGGAGGGAGCUAAGGGGACAACCCCCCACCAUUCCUACCGCUAUGGGCCCAGCCUCCCACUCUCACCUCCCCUCCUUCGGCCGGGGCUAGGACACCCCCAAAUCCUGUCGCCCCCUUGGCACCGACACCCCGACUGAGGCAGAGACACAGCCACCCGCCACCACCGCUGCGGCAGCCUGGCUGGGGAGGGGGCCAGCCCCCCAGGCCCCCCACCCCACUGAGUGAGUCGGAGUGGAGGAAGGAGGAAGAGCCUGGAGAACCAAUUCUGCAUGCCACGCUUCCUCCUCCAGAGCUCCUUCCUCUCCCAGGUGACCAGAAUGGAGCUGUGGCCAGGGGCGGGGACUCUGCUGCUGCUGCUCUUCCUGCUGCUGCUCCUCCUGCUGCCCACUCUGUGGUUCUGCAGCCCCAGUGCCAAGUAUUUCUUCAAGAUGGCCUUCUACAACGGCUGGAUCCUCUUCCUGGCUGUGCUCGCCAUCCCUGUGUGUGCCGUGCGAGGACGCAACGUCGAGAACAUGAAGAUCUUGCGUCUGAUGCUACUCCACAUCAAAUACCUGUACGGGAUCCGAGUGGAGGUACGAGGGGCCCACCACUUCCCUCCUUCACAGCCCUACGUCGUUGUCUCCAACCACCAGAGCUCCCUCGACCUGCUUGGGAUGAUGGAGGUGCUGCCAGGCCGCUGUGUGCCCAUUGCCAAGCGGGAGCUGCUGUGGGCCGGCUCUGCUGGGCUGGCCUGCUGGCUGGCGGGAGUCAUCUUCAUUGACCGGAAGCGCACUGGGGAUGCCAUCAGUGUCAUGUCUGAGGUCGCCCAGACCCUGCUUACACAGGACGUACGGGUCUGGGUUUUUCCUGAGGGCACGAGAAACCACAACGGCUCCAUGCUGCCCUUCAAACGUGGCGCCUUCCACCUCGCAGUGCAGGCCCAGGUUCCCAUUGUGCCCAUCGUCAUGUCCUCCUAUCAAGACUUCUACUGCAAGAAGGAGCGCCGCUUCACUUCAGGGCGAUGUCAGGUCCGGGUGCUGCCCCCAGUGCCCACAGAAGGGCUGAAGCCGGAUGACGUUCCAGCUCUGGCUGACAGAGUCCGGCACUCCAUGCUCACUGUUUUCCGGGAAAUCUCCACUGAUGGCAGGGGUGGUGGUGACUAUCUGAAGAAGCCCGGAGGGGUGGGCGAGGCUGGGCUCUGAGUUCCCUUCUCAUCUCCCCCUCCUCUGCCCCCCGCCCCUGCCCCCGCCCCCUUCCCCACACCUACCAGCCCACCGGCCUAAAGCCAGGUCAAGCUCCUCAUCUGCCCUCUCCCCACUUGUUCUCCUCUUUGGAAUCUUCAACUUUUGAAGUGAAUGUGGUCACAGCACCGCUCCCUGCCCCCGUCCCCGCCCCCCUCCCCACAGACUCCGUUGCCUCGGUGCAGUCUCCACUCUGACCCCUGCCUCCUGUGCCAUCUUGUCUGUGGGACAGUUGCCUCUCCCUCAUCCUCAGUGGUUCAGCCUACACAAGGGUAGGAACACUCCAUUCUGUCCCCAGUGGACCCUCUUCCUUUGUGGUCUUCUCUCCCACUCCACCUCACGUUGGCCAGUGGACUCAUCCAUUCUGUGGAACAAUUCCUCACUCCCACGUCCACAGACACAGUGGACUCAUCCGUUAGUGAGGACACUCCUCACGCUGUGGCUGGAAGCUGAUGCGUGGAAUACUUCUCCCAGGGUCACCCUGGGAACAUUCCUCAGCACCUUCUCCCUUCUUUCCGUGGAGCCUCCUGUCAGUGGAGGCUGGACUCUUCUCACCCAGAGGUCUCAUCCCUGCCCUUGCCCAGGUGCCCGGGCUUGAGCACACUCUUGGAUGCCACAUUUCCGCUUCCACCCAUCCCCUGGGUACAGUUGUUCAGUGGUCCUGGCCCCCCAGCGCCCUGCAGCCCUCCUAUACCAUCCUAGCCGGGCACAGGGGGAAGAAGCACUUAACGGGUGCUGCACUCACUUCCCCCUGGGGAGCUGGGGAAAGGACCUGAACCCUGGCUGGAGCGGAUGGGGAGGGCUUUUAAUUUAUUUCUCUUUUGAGGCUUCCCCUCUCUGAGCCAGUUUUCAUUUUCUCCCUAUGGCAGUAGCCACUCCCUGCCUCCCACCCCAGACCUGUGCCCCAAAAACCGGGGAGGUGGGCUGGGAGCAAAAGGAGAGGGUGGGACCCAGUUUUGCGUGGUUGAUUUUUAUUACUUAUCUGGAUAACAGCAAGAAACCGAGAAUAAAGACUGAGCAAGAUCUGA